AUACUUCAUGCGUCUGUCACAGAAUCAGGACCUUUGAAGAAGUUUUCUCUAGCAGCAAAUGCAAGGGUUAGAACGUUUUUUGCUCUCCUUCUUUGAUGCUAACUAAACUUCAUGCAAAACCUUAGAGAAUUUUUUCAUUAUUUGGACGCUGUAAAACUGGGAAAGUACAAGACACAUAGCCUACAACAGACGACUGGUCAGGAGAGACACAUCUCUCAUGGAUGACUGGUAACCUGAGGUGCCUGGGGAUGUUGUGGAGAGCUGUGCUUUGUCAGAAGAGUGCGGGACUCUGAAGGAGAGCCCAAGAGAAGCUACCGCUGAGACAUCUUUAUGGUUCUGUGAGAGGGUGUGCGAGGGAGGCGGGGAGCUGACUGCCUCUGGGGUACAGAAUAAAGGUCCUGGUCCAAUAAGAUGACUCAGGUUAACCAGAAACUACCUGAUCUUGGUGCUCCAUUCCUGUACAGCACACAGGAGGAGACGGAUCAGGGAGGAUCCUAUUCUGUCCAAACUCCUUAUGGCUUCCAGCUGGACUUGGACUUCCUCAAGUACGUGGAGGAGAUUGAGAGUGGUCAUAACUUCCGGCGGGCCCUCGUUAACCCUCGGCGAGGGGCACGGUCCACCAAGCUUUCCCAGCGGAGCCCAGGGGGAGGGGGCCGUACCAGCGGGUGGACAUCCACGGAAUCUCUCUCCUCCUCUGCCAGUGAGGACGGGCGGGUGCCCCCUCUGCCUCCGCCACGGAACCGCAUUGCCUCGGCACCCUCCGAAUCGCGCCUGCUCUCCCCGGUGGCUCUUCUCAGCCCUCCGCUCUCUGCCGGGCUGAAGGUGCCGCCGCCACCACCAGUGCGCAACACCAGAGUGGAGAGAACCCUGCUGGAGACCAGCCGCCGCUUGCAGCAGGAGCAGACGCAGCUCCAAGAUGGCACACAGUUCCAGCUCGCUGACCCUCCCAAAGCAGGUCCUAGAGAGCCAGGAAGGGCCACGAGCAUGUCGACCUCUUCCCAGAUCUCUCCUGCUGGCUCUUUGAUCCAAGAUGGCCACCCGUUACACCCAUCGUCUGCCUCCCCCAGCCCCUCUCAAACCAACUGGAACAGGGCUAGUCCUCACACCUCUGGUAGGAGCACCCCGGCGUCUGGAACCGCCUCUACCUCUGGGCUGGCUCCAGUCGCACCAGGACAGCUCCAGACCGUGCGGGAGCAGAUGGCUGCAGCCCUGAGGCAACUCAAGGAGAUGGAGGAACGAGUGAAGGGGGUCCCCGCUUUAGAGAGAGAGGUGGCCAGGCUUCAUGCAGAAAAGGACAGGCUGCUUUUGGAACUACGAGAGAAGACUGUAGCUGGGGCAAAUGAGCGGCAGCAGCAACAGUCUCCCACUUCAGGGAAUGGUGCUGGAGAAAGAGAGAUGGUGGUAGAUGGCCUGGGACGCUCAACUCCAACCCCAAGGCCCAGCAAGCUGAUGGAGCUGAGGAGACUGACAGAGAAGCUUGGAGGCAAGGAUGAGAGAGACUGUGAGCAGUCAGAGAAAGUUCCAGUGCUGGAAAAGGUGUCGGUGGAGAGAAAGUCUGUGGCUGUGGGGGAUGACCUGCCCCUUGAGGACGGUGUGUUUUACUAUCGUCAGGUCUUGAAGGAGGUAGCUGUGAACACAUCCAUGGAGGUCUGUGAGAAAGGUGUUGGGACAGAGGCAAUGAUCAUGUCUGAAGUGGGCGUGGAGGCCAGGGUGGAGACUGAUGAAGCCUCUGUGUGGGUGAUGGAGUCUUUGCUUGGACUGACAACUGAGGCGGAGAGGGAAAUUGACACCCUACAGGACACCAUCAAGUUUCAGCAGGAGAACAUACAGGUUCUCGAGGGCCGGCUCAAUCAGACUGACCAAGAACUAGAAGACAUGCGAGCUCAGGAGGAGCAGAGGAAGUCCAGGGUAAUGGUAGAGAAGGAGGUUCUGGUAAAGCCAGAGACAGCCAGCACUGAAGUGGAAACUGAAUCCUCUGAUCUCAGCAACUCAGCAAAUGAAAGUGUAGAGAAAUGGGAGAAAUGUAUAGAUACACAAAGUGUGGCUGUUGAGUGCUGUCCUGAGGUUGUAGAUGUGGGUGUGGGCCAGGACCUCGGGCUUCAGAAGAGUGACCAAAGCACUCAGACUGACCCCGAUGACAGUGUCAAGGAACCAGCCCCUGUAGCAGUGACCAGCACUGGUAGUCAGUGGGAGAACCAAAAUGAAGAGGCAGAAAAAGUAGUUGAGCAUAAGUCCCCUGUCCCUGUGCUCAAGAGGAGACAGAUGACCAUCACAGAGUGUACCAUCUCACCUGCCCCUGGCAUCUACGAAAAAGAAGGCUGUGAGGAGGAGGCUGUGCCUUGCAGUCCAGCUGUCGGUAUGUUGAAAUCUAUCAUGAAGAGGAAGGAUGGGAGUAGCCCCGGAGAGCCUCGCAGCGGCAAUAAGAAAAGCCUGCAGUUUGUAGGAAUCCUUAAUGGCGGGUAUGAAUCAACCUCAACUGAAGAAGAAGAUGAGGAUGAUCAAGAUGGAAGCUCCUCGGAGGGCAGUGGGGCAGGUGUAGGUUCUGACAGCAGUGAAGGGGAAGAGGAAGCUCAGGAAGACACAUCAGAUGAUGAGAGGAACAUCAAUCUGGAUGAGAGCGACACCGAUACAGAGGAACCAGCAGGAGCUGAAAAUGAAGAUGCUGAGGAGCAGCAGGACACUGUGAAAGAGAAGUUUGAGCUGAGUCUGAAAAUGCGUGAGGCCUGUCUCAUUCUGAAGAACCACCUCAAUGACGAUGCCAAAGCCCUGAAGAGUAAGGAAGUGCUCUCCAGCACACACACUGUGCAGUUGGAGUGGUUCCGUGUGUCCAGUGCCAAGACGGCCCAGCCCUCUCGUGUGUCAGACUACCUAAUGGCCUUCUCUGAGGUGUCCCCGGCCCUUCUGGCACACGUGGUCAACAUGACCGAUGGGAACGGCAACAGCGCCCUCCACUAUAGCGUCUCACAUUCCAACUUCACUGUGGUUGGACUGCUGCUGGACACCGGUCUGUGUUGUGUGGAUCGACAGAACAAGGCUGGAUACACAGCUAUCAUGCUGGCAGCACUAGCCUCUGUCAAGGAGGAAGAAGACAUGAAGGUGGUUAAGAAACUCUUCAGCCAGGGAAAUGUUAAUGCCAAAGCUAGCCAGGCGGGGCAGACUGCUUUGAUGCUGGCCGUGAGCCACGGCAGGCAGGAGAUGGUGCGGGCGCUGCUGGAGUGCGGCGCUAACGUCAACGUGCAGGACGACGAGGGCUCCACCGCCCUCAUGUGUGCCAGCGAGCACGGCCGCACAGAGAUCGUCUCCCUGCUGCUCGAGCAGCCGGCCUGUGACAUCUCCAUCGUGGACAACGAUGGCAGUAAUGCUCUUUCUAUUGCCCUGGAGGCCUCCCAUAAUGACAUUGCUGUGCUGCUCUACGCCCACAUGAACUACUCCAAGACUCAAGCAGCUGCAACACCUAAGGCACCCCCAAGAAGCCCUUCCAGUCCUCAGAAGAUUUGACCAGCAGUGACUGUCAAAAUUAUCAAGGAUAACUGGAUAUAAACUGAAGAAGCAUCAAGCUAGAUCUACUGGAAAAUUUUACUGUUUCUAUAUAAAAACAUGUAUUUAUAUCAUGCCAUAAUUCAUAUAUUCAAAUUUUAACCAGUUAUUUGCCAUAAAUGCAUUAUACUGGUAUUAUAUACUGUACUAAUCUGUUUUACUCAUCUAAUCCCAAAUUUUCAAUAGAAUGCUGAAUCAACACAUUUUUAUUAUAUAGUUCAUUUUUGAAAAACGUAUCUUGGUUCUGCUCUUGGUAUCAUCUAAUUUCUCAUUGAUGUCGCAGAACAAUGUACUGCUGAACAAACUAUUUGCACACAUUUACUGGUUAAGAUUUUGGACUUGUAUUUUUAGCAAUCUUUCAUGUCCAAAAUGUUUAAGGCCAAAGACCGCAAGUAUAAUUCUGCACUGUUUGUCAAGUGUAUAAUCUUGUUUCUAUUUUUAUUAAAAAAUAAACAUUUACUUACUAGAGGA